AUGGCAGACUUGGAAAACAUGCUUCUUGAGGCAGCUGGAAGAACAAGUUCUCCAGUGAGAAAGAGGCACAAGCUUCGGAACUCAAAAAUGAAACGUGAGGGUGCUGCAUUUUCUGAUGGGGGAAGUAAUUCCAGAGGAGAAAACUCUGAUGAGGUUUCUGGUGGUGCAAGCAAGAGGCCAACAAGAUGUGCAUCCAAUGUUCCAUUGAAGAAGAGGUUGGACCUCAGCAAAAGAGUUGGUAUUAGUAAUGAGCAUGGAAGCCAGGGAGGAGGAGGAGGAGGAGGAGGUGAAUUGGAAGAUGGAGGUCGUGUUAGGGAAGGUGGAAGCAGUGAGGAAUCUGAUGUUGGCAGUGAUCUUUACAAGAAUGAAGAUGACAAGGAGAGGCUUGCAAAGAUGACUGAACUUGAAAGAGAGAUGAUUUUAUCUGAUAGAGCAGCAAAGAAAGGUGAAAAGGAAUUCAAAGAGCAAUUGAGAAUGAAGAGGGACAACAACAAUGCAAUUUCAAAGACUAGUCAAUCACCUCUUCCUUCAUCUGCCAAGGUUCGUACAUCAGCAAGACAUGCUGAGAGGACAGCUGCUAAAGGAGAUGUUCUAAGUGAAUUGCGUGCAAAAAGGAUGAAGCAGCAGAUCCCAGACAGUCAUGGUAAGUUGGGAAAUGCAUCAGGAACAGGCUCAAGUAGCAAGGGAUUGAAGCAAAAAUCUGGAGCAACAGCAAGUCCAAGUAGCUCUAGUCAGAGUGAGAGUCAUAUGAGGUCUGACAGUGAAAGAGAAUCCUCUGAGGGAUUGGCUGACAGUGAUGAUGAUAAGAACAUGCAUGAAUCAGAGAUGCCAACAUUUCAGGAUAUAAAGGAAAUUACCAUUAGGAGGUCAAAGCUAGUGAAAUGGUUGAAUGAACCAUUUUUUGAGGAGUUAAUUGUUGGUUGUUUUGUAAGAAUUGGCAUAGGAAGGUCAGACAGUGGACCUGUCUACAGGCUCUGCAUGGUCCAAAGAGUUGAUGGAAGUGACCCUGAUAGACAUUACAAGGUAGAGAAUAGAGUCACUUAUAAGUAUCUGGUUUGUGUAUGGGGAAGUGAAAACUCUGCUGCCAGGUUUCAAGUGGCUGUAGUUUCAGAUUCUGCACCACUGGAGAAAGAGUUCAAACAGUGGGUUAGAGAAGUUGAGAGAACUUGCAGCCAGAUGCCUAGUAAGCUGAAUGUGUUGGAAAAGAAGGAGGCAAUAAGAAGAACCAACACAUAUAUUUACUCAGCAGCCACUGUGAAGCAGAUGCUAGAGGAGAAAAAAUCUGCAACAUCUAGGCCACUGAACAUUGCAGUAGAGAAAGAUCGUUUAAAGAGACAGUUGGAAAUAGCAAAAAGUAAGAAUGAUGAGGCAGAGAUGGAUAGGAUAUACACAAAGCUGACAGAAUUGGAAGCAUCCCGUCAAGCUCAGGAGAAUGAUGCCAAGGCUAUAAGGCUUGCUGAGAUGAACAGAAAGAACAGGUUUGAGAACUUCAAAAACUUAUCUGAGCAUAAACAGUUGAAAGCAAAAGCUGGAGAGGAGGGGUAUGAUCCCUUUUCAAGGAGGUGGACAAGGUCGAGGAAUUACUACAAUAAAGAUAGUAAAGAAGCUCAGGAGAAUGAAGAAGAUAAAGGAGAAAAGGAUGUAACUGCGGGUGAAGUUAGUAGAAGGGAAGGACAAGAACCUGUCACUAUAAAGGUAGGGGUUAAAGCAACAGAAGCUGCAUUGCAAGCUGCUGCUGUUGCUGGGAAGUUGAUUGAUACCUUUGCUCCCGUGGAUCGUGGAACAGAAUCAAAUAUGCUGCAUGAUUUUGAAUUGCCAAUUUCACUUGCUGAACUCAAGAAUUUUGGAGGAACACAAGGACUUAAAAAUGGGUUUCUGGCAAGGAAACAAAAAAUAGAAGCAACAGUUGGGUGCCGGGUUCCUGAGAAUGACGGGAGUAGGCAUGCCCUUACAUUAACUAUCAGUGACUACAAGAGAAGAAGAGGGCUUCUGUGA